CUUCUCACUUCUACUUCUCCCAUCCUGCAAUGCGUCUCAGUUGGACUCGGGUUAUCUUAGCAUCCCACAUGAGCUCAUGAUCACUUGCAGAGCUUCAAGCACCAAUGUUGGAGCUCAAUGCCCUCCGUGGUUACCAUCGAAAGCAAACCCACGAUUUCUGAGGAGCCAUUUCCCAGGCAAUUCUUCUCAGCUUGAGAAGGGUUUUGUGUUCUCCUCGACCAAGAGGGUCCAAUGGAAACCAGAAGUGACUUCUCUGGCAACAACAAUCGCUAUGACAGAAACCCCGGGAAGGAAGGCAAUGUUAGGCCAGAAGAUGUUGAGCGUGAGGUGCAUUGUGAGGUCGAAGUGAUAUCAUGGAGGGAACGGAGUGUUAAAGCAGAAAUCUCAAUCGAUGCAGAUAUCGAAUCCGUUUGGAAUGCUCUCACAGAUUAUGAGCACCUAGCUGAUUUUAUCCCAAAUCUUGUCUGGAGUGGGCGAAUUCCUUGCCCUUAUCCAGGAAGGAUAUGGUUAGAGCAAAGGGGCUUCCAAAGGGCAAUGUAUUGGCAUAUAGAAGCUCGCGUUGUAUUGGAUCUUCGAGAAUUCAUCAAUUCAGCAUGUGAUCGAGAACUUCACUUUUCCAUGGUUGAUGGAGACUUUAAGAAGUUUGAUGGCAAAUGGUCCUUAAAAUCUGGAACAAGGUCAUCAACAACUAUUUUGUCCUAUGAAGUUAAUGUGAUACCAAGAUUCAAUUUUCCAGCUAUUUUCUUGGAAAGGAUUAUCAGAUCAGAUCUUCCUGUCAACCUUCGAGCCUUGGCUUAUAGAGUUGAAAGGAACUUGUUUGGAAAUCAGAAUCCUUCAGUAGCAGAAGAUUUCUUGAAUAAAGGUUCUGUGGCUAUUAAUGAGUCGCCUGGCAAAAAGAUAAAUGGUACUUUGCAUGAAAGUGAUCAAUUGUCUCCUGGAGAAAGCAAAGACAGUCUUGCCAGCUCAAUUUCUGGCUCCUUGCCUGUAGCUUCCUGUGAAGUCAACAGCAAUUGGGGUGUGUUUGGAAAAGUUUGCAGACUUGACAAGCCUUGUGUGGUAGAUGAAGUUCAUCUCCGCAGAUUUGAUGGACUUUUGGAAAAUGGAGGUGUUCAUCGUUGUGUUGUUGCAAGUAUCACUGUUAAAGCUCCUGUCCGUGAAGUAUGGAAUAUUCUGACUGCCUAUGAGAGUCUUCCUGAGAUAGUUCCAAAUUUAGCAAUCAGCAGAAUUUUAUCCCGAGACAACAAUAAAGUUCGUAUUCUUCAGGAGGGAUGCAAGGGUCUGCUUUAUAUGGUACUUCAUGCUCGUGUGGUGCUAGAUCUGCGUGAACAUCUUGAAGAGGAGAUCAGUUUUGAGCAGGUUGAAGGGGACUUUGACUCAUUUCAGGGAAAAUGGAUUUUUGAGCAACUAGGGAAUCAUCAUACUUUGCUGAAGUACUCUGUGGAGUCAAAAAUGCGUAAAGACACAUUCCUUUCUGAAGCAAUCAUGGAGGAGGUUAUUUAUGAAGAUCUCCCAUCAAACUUAUGUGCAAUAAGGGAUUAUGUAGAGAACAGAGAGGCAUCCAAUUCAUCAGAAGAGAGUGAGCAGGAAAGCGAUUCAAUGCAUCACGUUGUUUCAUCUGACUUUGAACCAGACAAUGGAUAUAGUUCACCUGGGGAUAUUUCUAAUGAUGAUGAUGAAAGUUCAUCACAUCAACAAAGGCCAAGGGUUCCAGGCUUACAGAGGGACAUUGAAGUUCUAAAGUCUGAAAUCUUGAAAUUUAUUUCAGAACAUGGGCAGGAAGGAUUUAUGCCUAUGAGGAAGCAACUACGUCUGCAUGGUAGGGUGGAUAUUGAGAAGGCUAUAACUCGCAUGGGCGGCUUCCGGAAGAUAGCAACGAUAAUGAACCUAUCUGCUUACAAACACCGCAAACCAAAGGGUUACUGGGACAAUUUUGAAAAUUUGCAGGAGGAGAUUAGUCGAUUCCAAAGGAACUGGGGAAUGGAUCCUUCAUUUAUGCCCAGUAGAAAGACAUUUGAGCGUGCAGGACGCUAUGAUAUUGCUCGUGCACUAGAAAAGUGGGGCGGUCUGCUUGAAGUUUCUCGCCUUCUGUCUCUUAAGGUGAGACAUCGAGGCAGACAAGGCACACUUGCCAAGGACAAGAGAACUGAUCAUGUAGAAUCAUCACCUCAAGUAUAUGAUGCGAACAAGACCCCAUUUAAACCCUGUAUUUCUCAAGAUACACAUAAGUGGCUUUCCAAGCUAAAACAUAUGGACAUAAACUGGGUAGAGUAAAUAUCGCUUAGCUGGCACCUCUCUUUUCAUUUUACAGCUGAGGUUUCCACUCCUCAAAUGGAUGUCUGAAUGGAUUGAUUCCCAUCUCAAAUAUUCUUUUGCAACGUAGUUGCAAGUUUAAGAGAAUAUAAAACGUUGCAUGGCCUUAUUAUUUA